AUGUUUCCCUGCCCUGAGCAUUGAAAUAUGGCUGAUCUGGGCACGAGGCUCUGGCUGCUCCAAGUGACCCUCUGGCUGCUGGCUCUGCUCACAGGUGGGAUCUCAGCAGACAAGAACAACACCAGGAACAGCACAGCUGCCAGGUGUCCCCCAGUGUACCAGAACCUGCGGUAUGUGGCCAUCAAGAAGAACAUGCCCAUCAACUUCAUCUGCUACUCCCAGGAGGCCCAGAUCAUGCAGUGGUACAAGACAGCAGAGGAGAGGAAUGACCUCUCUGUGCUGGAUCAGAACAUGUCCAGCUACAGCAUAAAGAGGACGAACACAUCCAUCAACCUCACCCUCUUCAGGGCCACCUUUGAGGACAGCGGGAUCUACGUGUGUGACAGGAAGGGCCUGCUGCAGAAGAAGGAGCUGCACUCAUGUGGGACAGAGCUCCGAGUCAUGGGUACCAGCAGCAUCAAGCAGGUCCAGAACAGGAACACACUGAAAGAUGCCAUCAUCAUCAUCCAGUCCAUCCUGCUAGUCAUCUUCAUCAGCAUCCCCAUCCUCCUCUUCCUAGAUAAGGGUGAAGAAAAGAAAAGCUCAGAGGAGGACCACACCUAUGAGGGGCUGGAGGUGGAGCAGAUGGCCACCUACGAGGACAUCACUCCUUUCCGGGAUGUGAAGGCCAAGUGGACAGUGGGGGAGCACCCAGGUGAAGAGUGA